UGGGCCUGCGCCAGAAGCCAAGUUGCGUGUUCUGUUUGUUUGGAGAUGCUGGAUUCUUCUGGAACCGCCAGCGGUUAGUGGCCACACCCUCAGCUCCAGGCACUGCUCUGAGUGCAGUUACAGAUAGAACGCUUUAUCUGGUUACAGUCGCGUCUGGUGAGGUGCGUUUUACUCCUCUUUGCCCCGGGCCCCUGUACUCCGUCUGAGAAACACUGCCAAGUCCUUCCCCUCCUCUGCCCCUCCAGCACUCCAGUAUUCUCAGCGCUCCAGUGGACCUGCCAAAGUUAUCACAGGGUCUGUCCCACUUCUGUCUGCUCCAUAUUGUCAGCCUUAUCCAGCAGCCACCCUCCACUCCUAGAGCUUCUCUUUCCUGAAGAUCUGUUCAAAAAGAGCCUCAAACUCAGUUGAUGUGCACAGACCUUUGUUCUGGCUCCUUGGCUAAGAAAUCUCUCUCCCAAUGUUCCUCUUGUGUUGUUUAGGGCCCAAGCAGAAUUGAGGGAGAGGAACCAGCUGAGCCUCAGAGGCACCGACCGGCAUCCCUGUGACUGACAGCACUGCCAGGGCCCAGCCGUCUGAACCAUCUUCAGUAUCAUGGAGCCUCCUGGAGAGAAGCCAGGAGAGGCUGAGGCGCUGAGCAUCACACCCCAGCUGCUGAAGUCCCACUCGGGAGAGUUUGCCCUGGAUUCCAUCCUGUUGCUGAAGCUUCGGGGUUUAGGGGUGGUAGACCUGGGUUGUUUGGGGGAGUGCCUGAACCUUGAGUGGCUUGACCUAUCAGGCAAUGCACUUACCCACCUGGGCCCACUGGCAUCCCUGCACCAGCUGGCUGUGCUCAACGUCUCCAAUAAUCGGCUUACAGGACUGGAGCCACUGGCAGCCUGUGAGAACCUACAGAGCCUCAAUGCUGCUGGUAACCUGCUGACCACUCCUGGUCAGCUGCAGUGUCUGGCUGGGCUGCAGGCCCUGGAGCACCUGAGGCUCCGGGACCCUUUGGCCCGGCUCAGCAACCCGCUCUGUGCAAAUCCUUCCUACUGGGCUGUGGUCCGAGAGCUACUGCCUGGCCUCAAAGUCAUAGACGGGGAACGUGUGAGUGGGCGGGGCAGUGAGCUGUACCAGUUAUGCCGAGACCUGGACAGUUCCUUGCGCUCCGGCUCCAGCCCAGGCCCCAGAGUCAUCGAGGCCCAGCCAUGGGUAGAGCCUGGCUACUGGGAGUCCUGGCCCCUCCGGAGCAGCUCCAUUCUGGAGGAGGCCUGCCGGCAGUUCCAGGACACACUGCAGGAAUGUCUUGACCUGGAUCGUCAGGCCAGCGAUAGCUUGGCUCAGGCCCAGCAGGCUCUCAGCCCUGCAGAAACCACUUCUUCCUUUGUGUUCUGAAUGCGACUCAUAGCCAAGGUGGUCUGAUCAUAGACAUUCCUUCCCUGCCCCAUGCGCUUGCCUCUCUAUUUAUUUAUUUAUUUCUGGUCACUGACCCUGUAGACUAGGUUGUUCAUUCAUCCCUUUCUUGAGAGCUUCCUAACUCCUGCAUCUCCUUGAAGGCGUUUCCUCCCUCCUCCCACAGCCUCAGGGACACACUUUACAGGUCGCUUCUAGAAGGGAGAGGAGAUCCCUCACUGUCUGGCAAAUGCACCAUGCGGCCAGGCUCCGGGGGCUCCGGGCACGCAGUGUCUGGGCUCCCUCAGAUGCCCAACCUAAGUCUUUGUGGGUAAAGUUACUUGCCACCUGCUUAUUCUUAUGAAAUAGUUCAGUGCUCAUAUUAUCAGUUGUCUCUUCUCCAGCAAAUCCAUGGGGCUUCUGUACCGCUGCUUUGGUCCUGUGGGAGGCUCCUACACUCUCCCUACCUGCUUCUUCCUGGUACUAGGCAGGAAGUGUGGACACGCACACGCGCACAUGCGCACACAGUCUUUGAGC